AAUCCGACUUUGAAAAUGAUUUACAUUUAUAUAAUAAACAAUAUAAACACAAAACGCAAUAUUAACAAAUCUAAAACAACAAACCCAAAAUCAACCCGAUAACCCGAACGAAACCCUAAAAUUAUACACAAGCCAAUGAUAUCGACCGGAAACAAAAAUCAAAAAUAAAAUGUAUAUCGCUUUUCAUAAAUUUUUUUUCCCAAAAACUGACAGUGACAGAAAGUCGAGGAUAGUGCAACAAUGGCGACGAUCACCAUGAAACCGAUCUCAAAAUGGUCCAAUCUUCCAUCAGACGUAUUAGCAUCGAUCGCCGAUCGUCUUGACCCAGAAAUUGGCAUAAUUCGACUUCAUUCUGUUUGCCGUUCAUGGCGUUCCUCAUUCCCCACCAUUCACUCCACCAUUAAUUUCCCUCUCAAGCUCCCUAUACCACUCUCCUCUUCUCAUCCAUCCCCAAAUUUUCUCUUUCUUCAUCAACGUACUAUUUAUUUUCUUCCUCUUAAAACCCCAAUCAAUGAAGGUUUCAUCAUUAAACUUGAGCAAAUACAAAACACCCACAAAACCUUUUCUCUUUGCAACCCACUUUCUGCUCAUCCUAAACCUUCUCAACCCAAUUCCCCUCUAAAUAUCCUUGAUCACAGACUUACCCAUGUUUGUAAUUCGUAUUUUAUUCAUUCAAAUGAUGAAUCUAUAAACAUUCCGAUUAAAAAAGUAGUCGUCGCGAAGAAUUUUUUCGAAAAAGGUGAUUUUGUUGUUUUGGGUUUGAAAUUUAGUGGGAAUUUGUUAAUAUGGAGAUUUGGGGAUGAAUGUUGGACUGAAAUUGCUGCUUCUGGGCGUUGUUUUGAUGAUAUUAUAAGUUUUAAAGGAAAGUUUUACGCGACUGCUGAUAGGAAAGGGAGACUUGUGAUGAUUGAUUCUAAUUUGAAACCUAUUGAUCUAGUUUCAAGACUAAUGUAUGGUAAUGGUAGUUCUACAAGUUUGGUUGAAUGUGAUGGCAAUUUGUAUUUAGUUGAUCGUGAUCUUGAAAAUGGAGGGUCAGGAUUUGGGGUCUUUAAGUUAGAUGAUAAGGGUAGGUUUUGGGAUUAUGAGCUGAAUUUGAACGAUUGUGUGUUCUUUCUGGGUGAUGAUGCAAAUUUUUCAUUGUCUAUGAAUCAUUAUAAUGGAUGUGUAAGAAAUGUAAUUUACUUCAAGGAUGAUGAAUUUGAUGGACUGACUCGAGUUUUCGAAAUGAAUACAAGUAAUACUAGUGUUUUGGAAGAUGCUGAGGAUUUUUGCAGACUAUACUGGCCUCCCCGGAGUUGGUUUGAUGACUUAUUUCGAUCUCGAUGAUUGGGGUUGAUGAACAUUAAAAAGCCUCAGAGGAAUCCUUCCUCGAGUUCUCCAAAUGUCGGAUUGUACGCUUUCUCCAAAAAACAGAAUGAUCGUUCAAGAAAAUAUUGUACUCGUCUGAGUACCACCUUACCUUGUCUUAGCAAGACCAAGCAAGACUCCAUUCAAAGCUCCUCUUUAUGCUAAUUCAAACGAGUUACAGCUUGUCCGAAACUGUGUUGCUGCCUGAGCUCUUGUAUUGCUCUUUCAAGCUCAUACGCUUCUCAUGCGAGUGCGUGUGCUGACUGCUGAUAUCUCGAGCACCAAUGUCGCGCAUCUUAGUACUUGUAUUGCUCGUUGAGCACUCAUGUCCCAUCAACAAACUACUGUCUUCCUUCGUCAAAAUAAUCAUCCGAGAAUGAGAGUUGCUUGUUCGGGCAUCUCUUCCCUGCCAGCCAUUGCUUUAUGCUACACAUUUUUCAUCCUUUGCUUUGCUUGGGUCCACGGGUAUAAUAGGAUGAGAUGGACUUGGAAUUACAAUCAUGGAAUAUGUGGGUUGAUAUAGAAAGAUCAUGAAGGUUUUGCUCAGUAGAUGCAACACUAAGCUUGUCGCACUCUGCUUACUCUAUAUAAUUGUGCAUUUUAUCUCUUUUCUUGACAUAUGUUUCUCCCGCAAUUCCCAACUAAUUUUUGCCACUCUUCCUUGUAAGCUUAUCGUAUUUGUAUUGAUGGCAUGUUUGUUUAGGUUCGUUGAUGCAAUCUUUACUUGUGGCUUCUGAUUUUCAUUUCAACGCUGCAACCUCCUUGUUAUGCAUGCACCUAGCCUGCUUUCUGAUCAGAGUUUCUUGUAAUCCAGAGUGCUGGGUGGAUUUAUAUGCUCAAUGGUUUAAUCGCUUGAUAAAUCCUACAAUAAUCCCAUCUAUUAAUUUACCAUGAAUAAUACUAACUUUGAGGGGCAUUUUCCUAGAGUAAAUCUGGUACCGAUGACUUGCUAUAACAAGUUUUAUUUUUCAAUAAAAAAGAUAAAUAAAAAUAACAUGUGGAAAAAAAUGUUGAAAUAACAUUAAAAAAAAUUUAUGACUUUUUAAUUAUUCAUAAUUUUUUAUGUAAAUUUUCAAAAUCUUUCUCUAAUUAUACAUUAAUUUUCAGUUAAAUUUUUUUGUGAAUGGUACCUACUAUAGUAGGUCAUCGGGUUACUCAAGUUUAGUCUAGGCAAAUACCCUCUAAAGUUGGGAUUAUUCAUAGUUGUUCAAUAUGUGAGAUAAUUGUAGAAAUUGGAUUAUUCUAAGUAAUUUUUCCUAAAAUAUUUCACAUAAUUAUCAAAUAACCAAGGUAGAAUUGCCAUGUUUCUGCGUUAAUUUAUCUUGGUUCAUAUAGCCAACUCUAUAUUCGACGUUUAUUUUAAUCAUGUUCUACUUUGAAGGAGUAUGAUUUAAACUCCUAAUAUAUACAAUUAAAUCAGAAUGUAAACAUUUAUUUCAGGGGUGUUUGUAUAUCUU